AUGUCUUUUCGGGUUGUGAGAAGUUCCAAAUUCCGUCACGUUUAUGGACAGGCAUUGAAGCGAGAGCAAUGCUAUGAUAAUAUCAGAGUGUCAAAAAGUAGCUGGGAUUCUACAUUCUGUGCUGUCAAUCCAAAAUUCUUAGCCAUUAUCGUUGAGUCAGCUGGUGGUGGUGCCUUUAUCGUUUUGCCGCACAACAAGGUCGGACGAAUUCCUGCAGAUCAUGCUUUAGUCGGUGGACAUAAAGGACCCGUGCUUGAUAUUGCCUGGUGCCCACAUAAUGACAAUGUCAUUGCAUCAGGUUCGGAAGAUUGUGUCGUAAAGGUGUGGCAAAUUCCUGAUGGAGGUUUAUCACGAACUCUUACUGAGCCUGUUGUGGACUUAUUGUAUCAUCAGCGACGGGUCGGAUUAGUAUUAUGGCAUCCAUCUGCUCUUAAUGUUCUUUUAACAGCUGGUUCCGAUAAUCAGAUAGUUAUUUGGAAUGUUGGAACGGGUGAGGUUUUAAUUCAUAUCGACAGUCAUCCUGACAUCGUCUUUAGUGCCUGCUUUAAUUGGGAUGGCUCAAAACUCGUGACAACAUGCAAAGACAAGAAAAUACGAAUUAUUGAUCCCAGAACUGGCGAUAUUGAGUCUGAAGCAUUAUGUCAUGAGGGUUCGAAAGCAACUAGAGCCAUUUUCUUACGUCAUGGCCUUAUCUUUACUACUGGAUUUAAUCGUUCAUCAGAACGUCAAUACAGUCUUCGUGCACCCGAUGCCUUAUCAGAACCAAUUGUUAUGGUCGAUUUAGAUACAUCCAAUGGCGUUAUGUUCCCACUUUAUGAUCCCGAUACUAAUUUAGUCUAUUUGUGUGGCAAAGGCGAUUCUGUGAUUCGCUAUUUUGAAGUUACACCUGAACCUCCAUUUGUACAUUAUAUUAAUACCUUCCAAACACCCGAUCCUCAAAGAGGAAUUGGAUUAAUGCCUAAACGAGGAUGCGAUGUCAGCAUAUGUGAAAUUGCGAGAUUUUAUCGACUCAACAAUAGUGGGUUAUGUCAAGUCAUAACAAUGACUGUUCCUAGAAAAUCUGAACUGUUUCAAGAAGAUCUCUAUCCUGAUACUUUGUCUGAUGAAGCAGCUAUCUCUGCUGAAGAUUGGUUUGCCGGUGCUGAUGCGGAACCAUCUCUCGUAUCGUUGAAGGAUCGUGUUUUAAUUGUGCAGGGUGGCUACGUAUCGAGUUCCCAUGGACAACAACUUAAUGUAACAAAGAAGUCAAAUGUACUUGAUAAAGGAAAGCCAAACAUCCUCAAUUCAGCAGCAAAAAAAUUGCAGCAUAGUAACAAUAAUCAUGAUCAAAGCAAUAACAAUACAACGGAUAGUAAUGAUAGUGGAACGCAUACUACAAGUAAAUAUCAGGAACGAGAGCCAUCACCCAUACCCCCACCGGAACCAGCAGUUCCUCCAGUAACGCAAGCCGACUUAAAGGCGCUUCACGAUGAGAUACGCAAAUUAAAAGCCGUAAUUGUAAAGCACGAAAAUCGUAUUAGAGCUCUUGAAGCGCAAGCUAAAAGUCGUGAUGAGGAGAAUAACAUAACGGAGCAAAAAGCUCAGGCACCGGACUCAACAUCAACGCCUGUUCGAACAAAUUUGGCACCAGAUGAAGUGUAGAAACCGUUUCAUGACUACUUUUUUUUCUAACAAGUCUGAACAGUCUCUCUCAUCACUUUCGUCAUCAAAACAAUUCAUCCUUAACAUCUGCACAGCCUCUCAGCUCUCGAAAAGAUAAAAACUCCCAAAACGUCUAUAAAAACCUCAUUACAUGCAGCUACACAAUAGUGGUGCCUAAAGAACUUUUUUUAUAAAUCACAAAUUAUAUCUCGUACUGUUAACGUCCUUUUUUGUUGUGUCGGAAGAUAAUUAAAGUUUUUUCUUUUUUUUUGUGAUAAUCGUUGAUGUUUUUCGGAGAAGGGACUUCCAGAGAUGACUUGCGGGAUCAUUACUUAAUUUAUUUUAUGAUAUCUGUGAUGUCAUCUCUCGAUAUAAAAACGGACUUAAAAUCAUAAUAAUUGAUAAAAAAAAAUAAUGAGAAAUAUUGU